ACCGAGCGGCUGCGGGGCCGGGGCCGCCUGCGGCAGCUCCUGGCCGAGCUGCGCUUCCUCAGCCUCAGCCCCAAGUACCUGCUGCCCUUCCUGCUCAACCAGGCUGGAUCCCUCCUCUUCUACCUCACCUUGGCCUCCACAGACCUGUCCCUGGCAGUCCCACUCUGCAACUCCCUGGCUUUGAUUGUGACGUUGGUGACCGGGAAAAUCCUGGGAGAGGACAUUGGUGGGACAAGAGCUGUGGCAGGAAUGCUGCUCACCAUCCUGGGAGUCUCCCUGUGCCUGGCUGGGUCCUGAGGGAGCAGCAGAACCUGACCCAAGGCACCUCCCCUCAUGGCUCACCUGGGAUGUCCUUUUGGGAUGGCAAAAUCCAUGGAUCCCUGAGCUCCAGGGUGCAAGGACAGGCAAUUCCGUGCCUUAAGGGAUUUUUGGUGGCUGUUUCAUGGUUAAAUUUGUCCUGUUCAGCACUUGGAGGGAUAAUAGAUGGUCAAUAAAUCUUCCAGUGUGACCUCCUGGCA